CACGCUCCUCGCCCUACUCCCGACACCAGCUUUUUCCUCUGCUGUCCAGAACCCUCUCUGUGCCAACAUGACUUUUAUGCCCGCUCCCGGCUACCAACCCAGCUAUAACCCGACUCUCCCAUACAACAGAGAGAUCCCCGGGGGGCUGCGCUCAGGGAUGUCCGUCUACAUCCAAGGGGUGGCCAGUGACCAUAUGAAGAGGUUUUAUAUAAACUUUGCGGUGGGGGGCACGCCCGGCUGCGACGUAGCCUUCCACUUCAACCCGCGCUUCGACGGCUGGGACAAGGUGGUUUUCAACACGAUGCAGGGGGGCAGCUGGGGCAGCGAGGAGAAGAAGCGGAGCAUGCCCUUCAAGAAGGGCGCCCCCUUCGAGAUGGUCAUCAUGGUCAUGGACGAGCAUUACAAGGUGGUGGUAAACGGCAGCCCCUUCUAUGAGUAUGGGCACCGGCUGCCCAUACAGAUGGUCACUCACUUGCAAGUGGAUGGAGACCUGGAGCUUUACUCCAUCAACUUCCUUGGAGGAGGCCCCGACCCAGGCCAGAUUCCUAUGACAACCCCAGCGUACCCAGGCCCAGGAACCCCGCAGGCGAAGCCGCCCCAUGAAUUGGUGACCAUGGAAGGACCACCAGUCUUCAAUCCGCCUGUGCCAUUCUGGGGGCGAAUACAGAACGGUCUCACGGCCCGAAAAACCAUUGUGAUAAAGGGACUGGUGAAUCAGCGGGGCAGCAGUAUCAUCAUCAACUUCAAGGAGGCCGAUUCAGAGAACGUGGCCCUGCACAUUAACCCUCGGCUCUCCGACGGGGUCGUGGUCCGCAACACCUUCAUGGAUGGGAAGUGGGGGAAAGAGGAGAAGACCAUAACCUUCAACCCGUUCACCCGGGGCCAGUACUUUGAUCUGUCUGUCCGCUGUGGCCACGACCGCUUCAAAGUCUUUGCCAACGGCCAGCACCUCUUCGACUACGCCCACCGAUUCUUCGACUUCCACAAGGUGAACAUGGUGGAGAUCAAGGGAGACCUGUCCCUGUCUUAUGUGCAGAUCUGAGCCCCGGCCGGGCCCCAAGAGGCUCGCCCUCUAUGUGUGCUGGAUCUUGUGCUGGUGGAGCAUUGGUCACUUUUCUUCUCA